AUGCGGAAAGAAGGAGGGAGACAGAGAGGCAGGCAGGGUGGCAAGGAGGAGGUGACCGCUAAGGUGAAGGAAGAGAAUGGCGGGAUGGAGAAGGAAGUAACGUAUAAAAAAGACACAUUUUUAUCCACCCACUCACCCAAGCACAUGUCUGCCGUCCGGGGUGAAUUGGGCGAUCCUUCAUCUACGACCAUCGAGAGACGACCACUCAUCCAGCUCCGUCUUGCCACGGACUACAAGGAGAGAACAACUGGUUGA